CAAAAGUGGCGGUGUGAUAGAGAACCUGUGGAUCGACACAGACGGCAUUGGCCACCUUCUCCAACACUAUCAGUUCGGCAUGAUCGAUUGUUUCAUGUCGGGAAAUCACGUAGAUUGCACGCUCUUUACAUCUGCCAUCUGCCGAUAUACUCAGGCACGAAUACAGUACACCAACAUGACGGUUGAAGAAUAG